UGCAUCGUGCGCGGGUGCGUACAGCGUGCGUGCAUAAACAAGAAAAAGAAGAGGAAAAAGAAGAGGAGGAAAAGGAAGAAGGAAUAAACGGCACGAUAUAAACAGAGAAAAGGAAAGAAAGGGAAAAAAAAUAGAGGAAAUAAAGGUUGGUUGGUUCGGUGGUGGUGGUGGUAGUAGUGGUGGCGGUGGUGGUGGUAGUGGUGGUGGUGGUAGUAGUAAUAGUAGUAGUAGUGGUGAGUGGGCGCAAACUGCGCGAAGCUAGUUCGUGGUUGAAAGCUGCAACGAAGCGCGAGGCGUGCAGAGUUGCAGCAGGAAAUUAUGAAGCGUAUAAGGAGCGCCCCGUUGGCCGCCGCUUGUAAUAGCUGCCGGUGAAUGUGUGAUCCGGGGGCAGCAGAGAUCCACCGUAAUGACGACCGAAGAGACGACCGAGCAGCCCCCGGUAGACGACUGCCUGAAGGAACGGAAAUGGUGGUGCUUCCUGCUGUCAAGCAUCUUCACUUUCCUUGCCGGGCUGCUGAUCGUACUCCUCUGGCGUGCGUUCGCCUUCCUCUGCUGUCGCAAGGAACCCGAAUUCGCUCCAAAUGACCCGAAACAGAAAGAGCAAAAGACGAGCCGUCAGGGCAAGGAGUUCGAGGGGACUUUUAUGACCGAGGCCAAAGACUGGGCCGGUGAACUGAUUUCUGGACAGACCACCACUGGACGUAUUUUGGUGGUGUUAGUUUUCAUUCUCAGUAUAGCAUCGCUUAUAAUAUACUUCAUCGAUGCCUCUAGCGAAGAGGUGGAACGUUGCCAAGAGUGGAGCAACAACAUUACUCAGCAGAUAGACUUAGCUUUCAAUAUAUUUUUUAUGGUCUACUUUUUUAUACGCUUUAUCGCCGCCAGUGAUAAGCUGUGGUUCAUGCUGGAGAUGUAUUCGUUCGUGGACUACUUUACGAUACCACCGUCCUUCGUGUCGAUAUAUCUCGAUCGGACGUGGAUCGGACUGAGGUUCCUUCGAGCCCUACGACUGAUGACGGUCCCUGACAUUCUCCAGUACCUAAACAUUCUAAAGACAUCGAGUUCCAUUCGUCUCGCCCAACUUGUAUCGAUCUUCAUCUCCGUCUGGUUAACAGCUGCUGGCAUCAUUCAUUUGCUUGAAAACUCAGGGGAUCCGUUCGAGUUCACGAACCCUCAACAGCUUUCGUACUGGACCUGCGUCUACUUUCUCAUCGUGACAAUGUCCACGGUAGGAUAUGGCGACGUUUACUGCCAGACGGUCCUCGGCCGCACAUUCCUAGUAUUUUUUCUACUCGUCGGUUUGGCAAUUUUUGCUAGUAGCAUACCUGAGAUAAUAGAGCUCGUAGGCAGUAGGUCCAAGUACAGCGGCGAAUACAAGCGGGAACAUGGAAAGAGACAUAUUGUCGUGUGUGGCCACAUCACCUACGAAUCAGUCUCGCACUUCCUCAAGGACUUCUUGCACGAGGACCGCGAGGACGUCGACGUGGAAGUUGUCUUCUUGCAUAGGAAACCACCAGAUCUCGAGCUGGAGGGACUAUUCAAACGGCACUUCACCACCGUGGAGUUCUUUCAGGGGACCAUCAUGAACCCCAUUGAUCUGCAACGGGUCAAGGUCCACGAGGCAGACGCGUGUUUGGUUCUGGCGAACAAGUAUUGUCAAGAUCCAGAUGCGGAAGACGCAGCAAACAUCAUGCGUGUCAUCUCCAUCAAGAACUAUUCGGAUGACAUUCGCGUUAUCAUUCAAUUAAUGCAAUAUCACAACAAGGCCUACUUACUAAACAUUCCAUCAUGGGACUGGAAACAGGGCGACGACGUGAUUUGCCUGGCCGAAUUGAAACUGGGCUUCAUCGCACAGUCCUGUCUAGCGCCGGGUUUCAGCACGAUGAUGGCCAAUCUUUUCGCCAUGCGUUCCUUCAAGACGUCGCCGGAUACUCAGGCGUGGCAGAAUGAUUACCUGCAGGGCACGGGCUGCGAGAUGUACACGGAAACCCUCUCCCCGUCCUUUACCGGGAUGACAUUUCCCCAAGCCAGCGAGUUAUGCUUCACGAAGUUGAAGUUAUUGCUGUUGGCAAUCGAGAUAAAGGGCGAAGGAGGUGGCGACAGUAAGAUAUCAAUUAAUCCACGUGGUGCCAAGAUCGUAGCAAAUACUCAGGGAUUCUUCAUUGCUCAAUCUGCCGACGAAGUGAAGCGGGCGUGGUUCUAUUGCAAAGCAUGCCACGAGGAUAUAAAAGACGAAACUCUGAUCAAGAAGUGCAAGUGCAAAAAUUAUGUGGGGAUGAUGAUGAUGCAGACCGGCAUGGUGAAGGGAAACACUGCCUACAGCAGUUACCUCGACGGUGAAGACUUCUCGUAUGCAAACGACCACCAUCCUCCCCCCACAUUCACUCCGCCAGAACUGCCCAAGAUGGUUCACGUAAGAGGUGAGAUCAGUCGUGACCGAGAAGAUCCAAACGCGAUGAGAAAUCACCGGAAUUCCGUUGGGAUGACCAUGAUGAAUUCAACGAAACAAGUGAAUAAGGUGAAACCGAAUGUGAAUCGAGCGACAAAUGACAGUUUAUCCAGUCCAAAUCAACCGUACAAUCAGAGAUCGCAAGAGGAGUCCGCAUACCCUGGCUACCAUCUCGCCUACGAAGUCAAAAAGCUCAUGCCGACGAGCAGAGCCUCGGGCGGUACGAAUGUGAACAACAACGGUGGUCUUCAAGUCGGAAUAGCCGACGAUCAGGCAAAGGACUUCGAUUUCGAGAAGACCGAAAUGAAGUACGAUUCAACGGGUAUGUUCCAUUGGAGUCCAUCUCGUAACCUCGAAGACUGCAUAUUGGAUCGUAAUCAGGCGGCGAUGACAGUCUUGAACGGACAUGUCGUCGUAUGCCUAUUCGCCGAUCCCGACUCGCCUCUCAUCGGACUGAGAAACCUUGUCAUGCCAUUACGAGCUUCCAAUUUUCAUUACCACGAGCUUAAACACGUAGUAAUAGUUGGGUCUGUGGAUUAUAUCCGCCGCGAGUGGAAGAUGUUGCAGAAUCUACCGAAGAUAUCGGUGUUAAACGGUUCACCAUUAAGCAGAGCAGAUCUGCGUGCCGUUAACGUGAAUUUGUGCGACAUGUGUUGUAUCUUGUCGGCUAAAGUGCCUAGCAACGAUGACCCCACCCUCGCCGACAAGGAAGCCAUCCUCGCGUCCCUUAAUAUCAAAGCUAUGACUUUCGACGAUACCAUUGGUGUGCUGAGCCAAGCAAAUAAUGAACAAGGUAAUUUGACCGCAGUUGGCAGCCCAAUCGUUUUGCAACGACGAGGAUCCGUUUAUGGAGCAAACGUGCCAAUGAUAACAGAACUCGUAAACGAUAGCAACGUGCAGUUCCUUGACCAGGACGACGACGAUGAUCCGGACACAGAACUGUACCUUACCCAACCGUUUGCUUGCGGUACUGCCUUUGCCGUCAGCGUAUUAGAUUCAUUAAUGUCGACGACGUAUUUCAAUCAAAACGCGCUGACUUUAAUUCGAUCUCUAAUCACUGGUGGAGCGACGCCUGAGUUAGAAUUAAUUCUUGCUGAAGGAGCAGGUUUACGAGGAGGUUAUAGCACACCUGAUAGUUUGGCCAAUAGAGAUCGAUGUCGAGUUGGUCAAAUCGCGUUAUACGACGGGCCAUUAGCCCAGUAUGGCGAAGGAGGCAAGUACGGUGACCUCUUUGUCGCAGCAUUAAAGUCAUAUGGAAUGCUGUGCAUUGGUCUGUACAGGUACAGGUUUCGAGAUACAAGCUCAUCGUGCGAUGCUUCUUCUAAACGAUACGUCAUUACAAAUCCUCCAGAUGAUUUCACGUUAUUGCCUACAGAUCAGGUUUUCGUGCUGAUGCAAUUUGACCCAGGUCUGGAAUAUAAGCCGAGCAGAGGAGCUCGGGGAAAAGAUGAUGCUUCCUGACUGUUGCUGUGUAGCGCCCUCACCGACGGACCUUAUUCCUAUAUCUAAUCAUGCAAAGGAAGCCAUCAUGCCGCCCGUCGUCCCUAGUCUAGGUUAGCUGGCAUUAUGGUACGAUGCCCUCAACGAAUAAUUAUCGCAAACCCCGUCCAUAGAAACGUAUCAUCAACACGUCCGUUUUUCCCGCUGGUUACAUGUGUCACCGGUGAAAAUUUCGUCGAUACUUACAUAUAACUGAUUCGGUUUUCCUCUAGUAUGUCCAACAGAUUUCUCUGUUCUUUGCUAUUUAUCGCUGCGUGAUUUAUUUUCACAUCGUGUUCGAACAUUUUUUACGUUGAGGCUUGUUUGUGAUAACGAGUAGAAAAAGAAGGUAAAAAAAAAAUAAUGUAGAAAAAGAAAAAAGAAGCAUCAUGACAAAUGUGAAGAGAGAAAGAAGGAAGAAGGAGGAGGAAAGAGGAAUAAUCUGCAAGAGGAAGAAAGAAAUAUAGAAACGGCAAAAGGGAUACCGGGAUGCGGUAUGAUGAAAAACGGUCCGAGGGUAGCUACACGUUAAGCUUUCUAAAUCUUCGUAAGACGAAGAAAUAAUAACGUCUUCGAGAAGGAAGGCUGAAUAAGGACUGAACGGGCUUAUCUCUGAAGCGUAAAACGGUUGUGUAUAUCCACGCCUCUUUAUGCAUUCAGCAGUAUACAGAAGAAGUACAGGAAGAAAACAGAAAAAGAAAAAAAAAAGAUAUACUUAAAACAAUGCGAAGCAAAACAGCUUUAAUAAAAAUGCUUGAGAACAUCUUCAAGGCUGAUCGCUAAGGAAUUGUAAUCGCCUUCGCGACUUAACGUAUACCAUCGCUGUAGCUCAUUCAGGAUAUGUAAAUAGGUACAGAACAGGUGAAUAUGUUGUCAUUUGACGGUAAACUAUAAGCGAAAAUGCGGAACGAGGAGGAAAGAGGAAGAAAUACGAUUAUUGAUUGAGAUAUAAAUCACACUGACAGGAACUACUGUUUUGGUCCUUUCAUUGUAAAUGCAUUGUUCACUUUGCAAAGACAGUCGUGUGUUCGUCUCCUGUAUCGUGAUUUUGUAUCUUGCCUUGUCAGCAAAUGGAAAUAUGUAUACAUAUAUGUACAUGUAUCUGUAUAUGCGUAUGUAUGUAGGUGAUUCGUGCAACUAGAGCAGACAACAACUUUUAUUCUGAAAAUGAAAGACUUAUAAGAAGUGUGAUAUAUGAUUUAGGAUAUUUGCAAUUUUAUCAUUGUAUAUCUAAUUUUAUUAUGAUUAUGUACACUUCUCUGUUCUUCUGUUCUCUUCUUGAUUUAUAAAUACAGAAAUAUUGAAAUAAAUAGUUUAUAUAACACUCUAUAAUCAGUGUGCAAGUUCACUGAUAAAGAUAUUUAUAUUAUUAAAUGUAAUACGUGAUUUUUAAACGUGAUUUGCAACUUUUUUUGUAAUUACAUAUGUAUUAUGCAAUAAAAAGUUGAUAUCAUAUUUAAUUAUAUAAAUCUAUACCAGAAAAAUAAAAUAUUUAGCACGGUUAUGUAUAUACACAUAUGUUAUUUCUCUAAAUGGGCUUGUAAAAUAUUAAUCUUCUUAUUCCAUUAUUGCAGCAUUUUUACAUAAAUAAUGAAAAAGGAUUAACGAUAAUACAAAGCACUAUAUUUUCUAUUUGCAUUUAACGAAACAAAUAUAAAUAAAUAUUAUAGAUAAACGUCACGAUAUUUCUAAAAGAAACGAAUAUUAAUUUAGCUAUUUAUUUGCUAAUUAUGUAUGUAUGAUAUAUUUUUUAUUUCAAUUUUUGUGUAAUCAAGAAAAAGGUUAUAGUCUGUUAUACAUGCAACAAUCACCUCGUAUGCUUAGUUUUAGAUGAAACAAUUUGCAAAUGAUAUGUGCAGCGUUACAAAAGAUAGAUACGAACAGGAGUGCAGGACUAUAUGUAAACUUUACCUUGAGUGUCUUCUUUUGCGGCUAAUGAUAAAAAAAUCUCAAUCAAGCACUUUGUACAGAUUCUAUACAUAAACGUGUAUGCAUCUAUGGAUGUAUGUACGUAUGAAGGUACGUACGUAUGUAUGUAUCUAUGUAUAAAUUUAUGCACGUAUGUGCGUAUGUAUGUAUCUAUGUAUGCACACAUGUAUGUAUGAAUGUAUACAUCUAUGCAUGUAUAUACAUACGUGUAUAUAAUUGUAUACGUAUGCGCGUAUCUAUGUACGCGUAUAUACACAUAUUUAUAAAUGUGUAUAUACACAUAUUUAUACAUGCGUAUAUGUAUGCACGUGUGUAUGUUUGUAUGUAGAUAUGCAUGUGUGUACGCGUGUAUGCAUGCACGUGUGUAUGUGUAUAUAUGUAUGUAUGUAUAUGUGUGAAUAUAUAUAAUAAUUACGAUAAAAAAACACCCUUUUCCACACAAAUUGAAUAUUAAUCGACUAUGUAUCGAUAUGGCUAAAUAUACGUUAUAAGUAUAUAUGCACAUAUAUAUGUAUACAUAGACACUCUCUUUUAUAUAUUUUUAUGAAACUCACGAGUGUGUACAUACGAACGUACAUAUGUGUACAUACAUCCAUAUACGUAUACACGUAUGUAUGUAUGUAUAUAUGUCUGUAUGCAUGUAUAUGUAUAUAUAUGUAUGUAUGUAAAAAAAAACAAACAAACAAAUGGAUCAAAUAAGAUAUAUACAUACAAAAUAUACAUAAAAAAAAGAUAAGAAAUACACAGAUACACCUAUACACAAAUACUUCUUCCUUGCUCUUUCCCCCACUCCGCCCCAACCCCCUUUUUUCUGUCACUGUACAUGACUGAAACACGCACACGUAAUGAUAUAACAUACGAGAGAGAAAAAAAGUAAUACGUACGAGUGCAUGUAAUAUGGCAACACAAUCACACACGGUAUGGAUUCACAGAUACACAUGCAUUAAGAUACACAUGCGUGCACACACGCGCAUUCUCUCUUUCUUUCAUGUACACGCGCGCAGCGCACAUGCAUAGACACACACACACACACACACACACACACACCACAUGCACACACAAUAGAAAAAAAAGUGAUAUUACAUCGACGAAAUGCGUGAGAAGAAAGAAGAACGGGGGGAGAGAAAAAAAAAAGGAAACCAGGGGAAACGAUUCGCGCGUGCGGAAGUAAAGUAACACGGGGAGUGUAAAGGAAAUGGAAAUAUCGUGUGAUCCGACCAAUAUGAUAUACGUUGAAAAAAGCAUCGGUUUCUGUGCUCGAUCGUUAAAAUUCAGACUAACUUACGGGAUAAUAAUAAAAAAAAAAAAAAAUGUGCAAAUGGGACGCAACGGAUCGAUAUUAACGGGGAGAAGAGAGAAUACAAAAAAGUAGCUGUGGUAGACGCUGCCGUGUAUCGCGAUUACGAGUCGCCGCCGCCACCGCCAUUGCUACUGUUUGCAAUAUAUCCAUAUGCACUAUUCACUGCCACUGCAGUUCGUGUUAUAUCGUUGUAUAUAACUUUCUAUGUAUGGCUCGAUUAAGGCGAGAAGGGCCGGUGAGGCGUGCGAAUCGGAUAGCUUGAUGAAUGUAAAAAAAAAGAAAAAAAAAAAAAAGAAGAUUAUAAUAACUAAACAUCAGCAAUGUACAGCAUCAGCCGCAAUAAGUGUCAUUCGUUGCUCCUGAUUUCCAAGUAUUUUUUCAUUUUUUUUUUUUCUAUUUUUGAUUUUUUGUUAUAUUACUUUGUAUCGAUCCGCGAUACGAAGAAUGUCGAUCGAUCUCUCUCUAUUUUUUAAUCAAUGUCAAAAUCGAUAUUUAAAUGCGCUCCUUUAAUCGAUUGCGAAUUUAAUGUUAUGAUAACGAUAAAAAUGAAUGAUUGUCAAUGAGUCGCUUUCGGCUUUCUUAUUCUUCUCAUAUCGAUCGAAUAAUAGCAAACGAAGAUUUAGUUUUAUUUCAAAUAUCGAGUCAAUUAUAUGAUCAACUGAUUAUCGAUUUUUCUUACUUAAUUAUAAAAUUUCAAAUGCUAUAUAUUUUUUUUUUGUGUUCGUAUCGAGACAUGAUAUCGAGACAUAUUAUCACGAUAAAGUUAAAAUUAUCGAAAUAUUAUAGUAAAUUUCAAAAAUUAAUAAAGAAUAAAUAAAGCUGAAAGUGAGUCACAACUAGCUAUGAAAAGCGAACGAAAAUCACAUUUCCAAUGAUUAAUUACGAAACUUCUCUUAUAUGUUAUUGUUAUCCUCUUCGCUAUAUGGACAGUACUAUUCUUUUUCUCUUUUCCAAACUGACCACUUUGCAUCGGACUUCGAGGAAUCUUUUAAACAAUGAGAACCGUAACAAAGAACGAUCAUAAUUGUAAUGAACUCUUUCUACUACUUCAUCGGCAAUUCCACGAUGAAAAUUUCAUAAAAGAAAAAAAAAGGAAACGGGGAAAAAAAAGUAUCGAAACGCAAAAGACAGAUUAGAUUCGUUUAUUGAUUUGAUAAAAAUUCGAUUUCUCGAGGAGCGAGCAUAAAAUAUCUUAAAGGACGAAAGAAACGCAUAUUUUAUAAAAUAAACAAAUUACAAUUCGUAAUCGAACAAUCUUGUUUUUUGAGGAGAAAAGUUUGUUCGUAAAAGUCAAUUCUCAUAUAAUUGUUUGACGAAUUUAGCGGCUUUUAGAAUCGCGUAAAUCAAGAUGGAGGACUCUCGAUGACCCUGCCUCGCCUUGAUGCGAUUAUAUAAUGAAAACAAAAGUUUGCGCGUUAGAUUUUGUGGAAAUCGUUCGUUAAGUGAUUAAAAAAAAAAAAAAAAAGAAAUUUGUCGGAGCCUUGUGUAGAGUUUUAGAUGAUUGGUCGAGAUUUGCGUCGCGUGGGACAAGCCAGGCAGUAGAAUUUUUACUUGAUAAAAGGGUGAAUAUUUCUUGAAUUCUUAAUAUUUAUUAUUUUUUCCCUUUAAAUUACAGUUAUACACAUUUAGUUCGAGUUUUUACGUAAGAAAAAUAAAUGAUUAUUUUUUUAUACUUAUUAUUUCAUUCACACACAUACACAUACACACAGACAGAUACACAUUCUCUCUCUCUCUCUCUCUUUCUCUCUUUCUCGAAAAGAAACUGGUGCCUGGCUACUCGCGAGAUACAAAUUAUUCAUGCACUCUCUUUAAUAAUUAAAUCAUGCACCGAUUCAAUCGAUAUCAUCACCCGUAAUCGUAUUUUCGUGCGUCGCACGGAUACACGUGGCGCAUUUGUGUGUAUGUGAGACGUGUGUAUCUAAACGAAAUAUAUAUAUAUGUAAUAUAAUUAUAUAUUAUAAAUAAUUAUAUUACAUAUAUACAUACAAUUAACGUUAAAAGAAAAAGAAAAAAAAGGAAAAAAAAACAAAUCGAACAAAAUACCAAAAUGAUUCGAAAUAUAUAUGGAAAUUAUAAAAUGUAUAAAGAGAGAAAAAAAAAAUUAAGGCGCGCUGAGCGUACGCCACCUUCGAUGCCUCAUUGACCUCAUCUAAUGCUUUUUUAUCUGUACAUUUACAAUUUGUGUACCAAUGAGGAACGUUGUUUAAUCAUGUUGUUGAUGUUAUUGUUAAAGAAUGAGAUUCAAUAUUGUAUAUAACUAUAUAUUCAUUAUAAUUGAUGAUAUAAAUAAUUAUAUACAUAAAAUUAA